UAGGGAAGUGAAUUGCACUUCCUCCUUUUACACACCACUGUUCAGCACAGCAUUUGGGUUAUAGGAGUAGCCCACAAAGUGAAAAUGGAAAGAGCGAAAACUGAACGGGGCUGUGUCCUGUAAUUGCCUAUUCACUUUGUAAGAGGAAAAAACAUUGCGGGGAAUGACAAUCGAUUCUUAUUAGAACGCUCCAACAACACCUAUUCGGCGACGAGCAGCAGAGUCAACGUAACAUUUUCAGAAAUACAAUGGCAGCGACCUAGGUCAACUUCUGGACUUGCUUUCUAAAAGGAUCAAAGAGGGGGCCUUGCAAAUUUUUGAAACUUGUUGGAUACGGUGGAGCAAGGACGCAAACAUGAAGAAACAGUUUAAUCGCAUGAAACAGCUCGCCAACCAAACAGUUGGAAGAGCCGAGAAGACUGAGGUGCUGAGUGAUGACCUUCUACAGAUCGAGAGGCGCAUGGAGCUGGUCCGUCUGGUGUCCCACAACGCACACAAGAGACUGGUCACCUGUCUACAGGGUCACAUCGGAACGGAGGCAGAAAAGAGACACAAAAAGCUCCCUCUGACAGCGCUGUCCCAGGCCAUGCAGGAUGGAGGAAGCCAACUGGGGGAGGAGUCACUGAUUGGUAAGAUGAUGGAUGUGUGUGGGGAGGCAGAGAGCAGACUAGCGUCUGAGCUGAUGCAACACGAGGUCCAGCUAGAGAGAGACAUCCUGGAACCUCUCAACCAGCUAGCAGAGGUGGACAUUCCCAACAUCCUGAGACAGAGGAAACAGCUGGCUAAGCUAGUCCUAGACUAUGACUCAGCCAGAGCCAGGUGGUUGCAGGCAAGCAAGUCUAUUCACUUUUCCACCAACUACCAGGCCACGGCCGCCAAGGUUGAAACUCUCAAAGACGAGAUGGACGAGGCCCUGAACAAAGUGGAGAUGUGUAAGGACCAGCUGUCUGCUGACAUGUAUAACUUCUCCUCCAAGGAGGGCGACUACGCCCGAUACUAUGUUAUUUUGGUAGAGGCCCAGGCUGACUACCACAGGAGGUCUCUGGCUGCUCUGGAAGGAGUCCUGCCGACCAUACAGGCACAGAACGACUCAUGGAUGGAGAAGCCUGCGUACGGCACGGCUCUGGAAGAGCACCUGAAGAGGAGUAACCGUGAGAUCGCCCUGCCCUUAGAGGCCUGUGUCAUGAUGCUGCUGGAGACUGGCAUGAAGGAGGAGGGUCUGUUCCGAAUCGCUGCUGGGGCCUCCAAACUAAAGAAGCUGAAGGCAGCGCUGGACUGUUCCACCUCCCAGUUAGAGGAGUUUUACUCCGACCCCCAUGCUGUAGCUGGAGCCCUGAAGUCCUACCUCAGAGAGCUGCCUGAACCCCUUUUGACCUUCUCACUGUAUGAUGAGUGGACACAAGCCUCCAAUGUGUCUGACCCAGACAGGAGGCUUCAGGCUUUGUGGGUGGCAUGUGACGGGUUGCCAAAGAACCACAAGGCCAACUUCAGGUAUCUGGUAAAGUUCCUAGCCAAGCUGGCCCAGGACAGUGAGGUGAAUAAGAUGACUCCCAGUAACAUCGCCAUAGUGCUGGGACCCAACCUGCUCUGGUCCAAGACUGAGGGGACUCUGGCAGAGAUGGCUGCUGCUACCUCGGUCCAUGUGGUGGCCAUCAUAGAACCCAUCAUCCAGCACGCUGACUGGUUCUUCCCAGAUGACGUGGACUUUAACGUGUCGGGCAUGUUCGUGGCCAUGACCCCUGAACCUGACCCAGGCCCUUUCGAGAGGCGACGCCCCGGAAGCCUGGUGGACGGUGACACUCCCCGCAAAGACAGGUACCUGUCCUACCCCCGUAGCAGCCCCCGUCCCAGCCCAGGUUUCAGCAUCCAUGCCCGGACACUGACCAGGCAGGAGUCCAGGGGGGCAGCGGCCGUCUCAGCCCUCUAUGUAGUGGCUGACGAGUCCAUCACAGUCAAGGAAACGCCCGCUGGGGAGCAGGAACAGCCAAUGCCACUGCCUUCUUAAUAAAAUCCAAGCUAUACCCUAGGAGACAGUUUGUGAAUCCAGAAUCCCAGUUUGUGAAAGUCCAUUCCAAUGUGUUUGUGUGUGUUUUAACACUACAGUAUUACCGAUAUGUAAGAUGAUUGUAGAAACAAACCAAUAAAAUGUGUGUUUAAACCGA